AAAUGAACAAAUAUUUCGAGUUCUUCGAGUUGGAUCAAGCAACAAAAAUAUCAACCAAAGACAUUUAGUUGUUACAACGAUUUUUUCUCAGUGUAGAAGUGAAAAAAAAAACGGGAAAUGAAAGACGUUAUUGUUCAAUAUUAGCAGAGAAAUAUGAGUAAAAGUGAUGAAAAAGGCUUUGGAAUUCAUCGUCACAGCACGCUGCCAUUUCUUUGGCGAACUUUCAUCAUGUUUUGCAAGAUUUCAAUAUUCGUGUUCGUAGCCCUUUUUCAAUCGGGCCUCAGUGAGACGAUCGUCGCCAGUGGAUAUUCUACCUUCGAUGAUGCUUGUCUCGUAGAAAGUGGGCUUAGCCGAGAUCAGUUUAUGGAGCGAGUUACUGAUGUGAAUAUAAAGCUUCUAGCGAACGAGAACAUCUUGUGUUACUUAUUAUGCGUUGGAAAGAAAGUUGGAUAUAUGCAUAAUGAUGGGACUAUCAAUGUUGAAUACAUCCGAAAUUACGUGGGUCCCACAAUGAGCGGUGCAACAAUGCGCGCUCUGGGUAAAUGUUCUGAAAAAAGAAAUGAGAAUGCCUGCCAGACGUUGAGAAUGAAUUAUACUUGCGUCUUUGAAAUGAUGUUGCAAGCAUUAUUGGACAGCUUGAAAGUAAACGCUUAGUUUCCGUAAAUUACGUAAAUGGAAGACAACGCAUCUUGGAGGGAGUUUUGGGAGGUUAUGUCGACAGAAGGUGGAAACGUUGCCCGAGAAGUUCGGACCGUUUCGCACAAAAAAUCGAUUCACAAUAAUUUGAACUAUUUAUUGAUGUAAAACCUCGCUUAAGGUGAAUAAAGGAACGAAAUGACGUUCAACAAUGGCACUUUU